CAGCGCUAAAGAGAGAAAGAGAUGGAUAGCAAUGGACAGAAAUGGCGGCGCUCUGUCCAGGUGUUCAGUAUGGUUUAUCUUCACAACAAAAUUAUGGUGAAAAUAGAGACUUGAUUUUUGUGAAAUUAACGGAUUCUGCAUUACGUGCAAUAGAAGAGUAUCUAAAAAAUCAGAACAAAUUCUACAAUCAUAAACCAACAAUCAAGUUCCUAGGCAAUGAAAAUGGGGAACUGUCAUUUCCGUCGCAGCACCACAGCUUGGGCAGCACUUCCUUCAGUUUCUCCAUGUCGAGUACGGCCGAUAUGGAGGGCCAGGGGGGAAGUUUCGAAUGCAUCAAACAGGUAGGAUCUCCACGGGGCCCUUUAGAAGGCCUCGGCUCCAUCCCAUACAAAAUACGUAUCCAUGCCAAUGACGACGUCUAUGAAGUUACCCGUAAUCGAAUGACUGAAGCUGAAGAUAAAUAUAAGAAUAAAUGCACAAGAGAAAUCAAACCCAAUCAGACGGAUAUCGGUCGCAAAGUGAAGGUGAAGCAGAACAGGGCGCCGCUCCAUCCCGUGCGCAGAGAAAUGCUAUCGAUGCGCGAAAGUCUCAUGAAGCAGCCAUCUCAGCCGUACCAGCACCAGCCGAAGCCCUCCAUACCGCCCCCUUCGGCGCCGCCUCCGCCCUCAGCCAUCGUCCAUUCGUCGACCAACGGUCACUUGUCCAACGGCCUAGGUAGCAAUCAUGUUAGUAGCUCCAGGCCGCAACUCAACCUUGCUAAGAAGCUCUCUGUUCCCGAGUUACCCAGGCGUCCUCCCAAUUCUCCAAUUUCCAAUCGAAAACCGCAGACUCUGACUCCUCCGGGUGGCGGUAGCGAUGGUGGCAGCUCGGGUAGUGGUCAGUCGCCUACUAGUACCCUUCCUGGAUCGCCGCCCCUCAUUUCCACUACAUCCACAGCCAAUAAACGACCAGGUUUCCAUGAGGGUCCCGAUGGCUUAUCGUACAAGCGCCAACGCAUAGCCCACAUAGCACCAGCACCUAAAUCUCAAAAUAACACACAUCACUCCGAUCCAAUUUACCACCCACCAGUGGAAAUUAAUAGUCAGAGGAGACCAGUGACAGACUCACGAGAUACGAGUAACAUGAACCCGCGAAGUAGGGAGUCUCCAACAGGCGGGGGUGAUGGUGGUGCAGUUGGCGGCGGUGGCACCGCUGUUAGUGGGUAUGGGUUAGUCAAUGGGCAUAAUACUUAUAAUAAUAUUAUGACGCUAGAUAUCAAACAAGAAUCUAGUGAUGAAGAGGAAGAGGUUGGAAAGAGAGCGUGUGAUAGUCAUUUUGAUGUAAGCCAAGAAAAGACAUUUGUUGAUAGUCGUAGUGUAUCACCGGCCGUAAAAAUGCUUCAAGUCGACAAAUGGGAGAGGGAGAAAUCGAACGAGAAGCAAAACGGCGCCCUAAAUCGAAUAAUCAACGGCGUGCCUAGGAACAACCACCUGCCCAGGCAGCAAAACCCAAUUCCGGCGGUUGCGCAUAGGGCUGGCAAAUAUACAAAUGUUUCGUCUUCCACGGAAAAUAGUAUAGCUAGAGUAAGUCCUGACAGCCAGACGGAGGGCUUGUCAAAUGGAGACGUAGACAACAACUUUAGUACAGAAAAGGAGAAUGAAUAUCCUGACUACAAAAAGCAAUAUGUUACCAUUCAAGAUGCUGAUCAAAGGAGGAAAUAUAAAACAGAGUUUAACGCCGAUUAUACGGAAUAUCGGGAUUUGCAUAGUAUUGUUGAGAAAGUCUCUAGAAGGUUUGCUCAGUUAGAAGAACGACUCAAGAAAGAGGACGAGAAUAGCCCCAAAUAUAAAGACAUCAAAAAGCAGAUAGUACGAGAAUAUAACGAGAACAAAAAGAACAUGGAACACCAGAGGGCGAAGCGCAGGUUCCAGUAUCUGCACGACAAGUUGUCGCACAUCAAAAGACUAGUUAUGGAGUAUGAUCAAGAGAUGACUGACUCCCGGUACUGACGCUGGGCAGAGGCGGCCCAAGGCGGUCACAUGGUCGUGGCUCCAGGCCCCUUGCCCUACUGCCUUUCAACGGACUUUCGCCAAGAGGACAUCACGAAAUGUAUAAAGCAAAUUUUAUUCCUAUCAAUUUAAUUUUUUUCUUAGUGCAAUUGGACUUGCAGCCACUGUGCGAUCUGACAAUUUCGACUGGAGAACUUUCAAAAGCUUAGACCGUUCCGAUUUUUUGGUAAACAUUUUAAAAGUGUUAAAAAUGCCAUAAUGAAAUGUUGCAUCUUAAUUCUAAAAAAUCUCAAAUUAUGACUUAUUUUAAAUGCCUCCAAUUCAACAUCAACUAUUUAUUUGUAUUUAUUUUUAAACAUAUUUAUCUUCUAUUAGAAUUAGAAGUUUUAUACCACAUAACUAAUUUCUUAUUUAAAAUGAUUUGUACUGAUUUCUUCAUGAGAUUUUUAAUGAUAAGACGAUUUACAAUUGAAUUACUAGUAAAUACACACUUAUUUUAAAAUUCAGGCGUCCCUUUAUUCUUAAGAAUAGCAGGAAAGUUUAAAAAAAUUAAAAUUGGUGUUUAAACCCUAUUAAAUAUAUUUGAAAUAAUAUUCUGUCUUUGAACCUCUACUGGGUAAUAAUCCAGCAAUAUCUCUAUGUAUGAUUAUAAUUUUUCAUUAAAAUCUUGAAAAAAAAAGACAAAUCCCAACCUUACUUUUCAUCAAUUUCCUGAUCUAAUAAAGUACAGAAUUUCAGAACUUGAAAUAAAUUCAUUCAAAAACUAGACAUGUUCGUUUAAACAAACUUCUUUCAGUUCUUUGAUGUAAUGAUUUUAAAAAACAUUGGGUUAUAGAUCUUAGUAGUUGUUGAAAUUCCCAGAGUCCCAGAAAUGUCGAUUUUAUUACUAAUUCUAAAUUAAAUAAAAAAUACAUAUUUUACUAAAAUAAAUCGGUUACCAGGAAAAAUAACUUUGUCUUAACCUAAAAAGUUUCCCACAAGUUGUUCGUUAAUGUUUUUAAAAACUAAUAAUUCAACCGAAACUUAGUUUACACAAAUAUUCUUAAUAUAUUUUUGCAAUUAUAGAAGGAAAAAACCAAAAAUAAAAUUAAAACAUAAUAUGUAAACAAAUACCAUCAUCUAUAAUAAUUUUUAUUUAAGUGGUUCAGACAAAUAAUGUAUUCGGUGGCGCUGCGAUCUUAGUUUUGGAUCCCUAUAACUAAAAUUAAAUUGAGCCCUAACUGUAGAGGUGGUUUUGGAUCAGUCUGUUGUCAACAACCAUUUGUCGAUGUAAUUGAGGUAAUGCAAUUGCUGUUCAGAAGUUUAUAAAUAGAACCCGAAAAUACAUAUUUUUUUGUUAUUUUUCAAAUAAAACUCACCUUUUAAAGUGACGUGAUUUGGAUUCCCUAAUACAUGGUGUAUACAGGAUUCAAACCUAUGCGGACAUAGCCCAACUAAUUUUAAAUUAUUAUUAUUACUAUGCUAAAGAUUUCUAAGGGCCAAUUUAGGAACAUAACACUACUCCAGUUUCUUUAAUAUUUCGAAUUGUCCUGCUGAUCGUACUUUGAACCAUGUUCAAACGAUUGGCUAUCUGUUGAUGAAAAAUUUUCUACACAAUUAUUAUUUAUAUGUUUAUCGAAUACAUAAACUUCGUUUCUUUACAUUUUAAUCUCUAUUAAACACCUGUAUUAAUAAUUAAAAACAGGCCAGUUAUAUUAACUGGAAUUUACAGCAAUUAACAAUUUAUUCAUGUGAAAAUAUCCAGAGGUUGAAGAUAGCAAGUGUUUGUGUAGCCAUUUAUAAGUACAAAAAAAAUAAUUCAAUUUUAAAAUCACGUUAUAAAUAUGUGUAACUAUGGUUAGUUUCAUUUUUGAAACAUUUACCACCUAAUCGGAGUAACGGCAACUGAAGGAACAAUCUUUGAUGACAAUUCAAAUUUUGUUGAGGAUAUUUUGUAUUUUUUUUUUGUGAAUGAUUAAUGGUACAUUCCAAUUUUGUUGUGCCAGAUGGACAGAUUGUAUGUAUACCGAGUGUUACGUUUUUUUGAAUAAAAAAUGAGAUCAAUCAAAUUUACUGAUAUGCUUCAUAGUGAUAUUUUAAAAAUGGGGUAAAUUUUUAAAUUCGUAGAUAUACGAGAUGUAUUUGAAAAAUAUAUCUUUUGUUCAUUUUACAAAUGACUUCUGAAGUCCUGUCACAAACUUAUAAAUACUUUUUUUGAUAUUUUACUUUAGCAUUAACAAUUCUUUAAUGAAUAUAUGUCAUUGAUUGUUUGCCCUCCUUUAAAUGUUAAAAUCAAAAGAAUACUUUAAAAUUGACAAUUCUAAACUACAUUUAGUUUUUUUGUAAAGUUUAACGGACCAUAUCAGUUAAUAUCGAAUUAAAAAUAUUCAUCGAGAAGAUAACAUAUCUACCGAGUUAAAAUGUAGGGAAUCAAAUUAAUAUCUUAAUUAUCUUUAAAACGUAACAGCCUAUAUACAAGAUUUGCCAGGUUGGAUCUGGUGGAGGAAAAACUCAGCUAAAAAUAGUAUUCUAAAAUUGUUAUUGAAGAAUACUGUAAAAAAAAUAAAUGAAAUUAUAUUAACUUAUAUAGUAAAAAGGUGUUUUUUGAUAUUUAUUAAAAAAGAAAAAGAGUAUAAUUCUCGUCCAAAUGAAAGCCUCUUACUGUAACCUCUCUAUUUUUCACCUGUUCAUGAUAUAUAGGGUGAUUAUUUUAAAUAAUGCACUACCAGUUAUUUUGUUUUCGUAAUAUAUAGAUAUAGGGGAAUAUUUAGACGACCGAUGCCAACGUUUUUCGUUGAUGGGUAUAUUUUUUUAAUGUUUUUCAGUGCCUAGAAAAUAUUCUGUAAGCAGACAAUUAAAACGCAUAUUAAAAAAUUACUUUGGAUAUUCACAAUUUGUAAAUAGGCAUUUUAAGAGUCUAAUGUUUUUCAUUCCUAUGGAAUAUGUAGGAAAUACAUUCACUGUAGACGUUUAUUUAAUUAAAACUAGAAAAAAAUAUUUUAUCAUAGUUUUAUCACGAAAUAUAAAUGUAUUAUUUCUGUUUACAAAAUUGUCUGUUUUACAUAAGUCAUUUUCCACAGAAAUAAUUUCAAGUGUUUUCUCUUAUUUUUAUAACAGCGAAUUUUAUAUCUUUUUUAUGAUUUGGACACUUUUAAGCAUCUUUUUACCAAAGUAUUUUUUAUUACAUUUGUUCGUCUAUGAAAAAACUGUCACAAGACAUGAACAAUUGUGGUCAAAAAAGGUGUUGCUACAAGAUUGAAGUUUAUAUCAGAUUAAUAUAUUUUUUUUUACAAAACUAACUAGAAUUAUUGGCUUAUGAUCACGUUGAUAUUGACCAUACUGCAAAAAACUUUUUAUACCUACUUUUUUUAGUUUUGUUUUAGAAUCAAAAUAAAUCGAAUUGUCAUAUUUAAUAACCAAAUAGAUAAAUAUAUUAAAAGAAAAGAACAAUGUGCCAUCAAAGUAUUUGAUUCAAAGAAAUGAACAAAAAUUUUCAAACUGCAAAGUUGAAGAUAAAAAUUAAGGAAAUGUAUGUACACUGUGCUAAAUUACACUUUUAACAAUUAAUAACUUUUUACAUGUCGUGUCCAAUUGUAGUUGACAAUUUUUAGAUAAGACUGGACUAUCAGGACUUUCUAAAUGGCUUCAUUUACCUGGUUGCAAAAGAAAUUCUAUUUAUCUAAAAUUGAACUAGUACGUUUUUUCGGGAAUUAAACUAUUAGAAAUGCUUUAGAUAAAGCGGAACUGCCAGCAAUUUUGGGAUUCAGGAAUGAUUAUUUUUGUUAAAUGAUGCACGCCAAUAUCAUAUUGAAUAAUUAAAAAAUAUUCAGUGAAUUCAAUAAUUGCAAUAGAGCCAUUUGUCUCCCUGCUAUGUUUCAAAAAGGUUCCACCUGUUUGUAUUGUCCAAUUUUUUUUUUUUUAAACAUUUUUACGAAUAUUUUGAGAACCAUACUUUAGGGUUUCUCUCAGAUUUUUUAUUAAAAUGCGAGCCAUAAUUUCGAUAGUAACCAUGGUAACCCCAUUUUACUACUUUUUAAACCAACUGAAUGAAAACAUCAUUUCAUAAAAAUAAUCAUAAUUCUUAAUAACCAUAAUUCUUGAUUAGCAAAAUCGUUGACAGUUUCUCUUUUACUUAAGCAUUUUUGAUAGUUU